AUGUGUACUGGAGAGUACCAGUCCAGGUUUUGUACUGUUUGCCGAUUUACUGUUUUGUCAUUGACUGUCGAUUCGUCUCAACCCGAAGUGUCUAAAUUUUUUCUUCAAACGCAACAAAAAACAUCUGAAGCAUGUGGAAUACAUAUUAAAUCAGUAAAACGUAUUACAGCAGAAGGUGCUAAAGCCCUUUUACAUACAGAAAAUGGAGAACCGUCAUUUACUUCGCCUCGUAAGACAUAUAAACGCCUUAAAUAUGCGACAGGCAUCGAUGACUUCGACGAAGACGUUAUACGAAGAAUAGUACAUGAAUUUUAUGAUAAAGGCGAAUUCCCUACAUCAUUAAAAAUUUUAUCUAAGUAUAAAGAAAAAACCGGCUAUAAAGGUUCAAAAACAUCAAUGUGGAGAAUUUUAAAACAAAUGAAAUUCAGGUAUAAAAAAUGUAACGAUGGUCGAAGAUUUUUAAUGGAAAGAAAUGACAUUGUGGCAAUGCGAGUGCGGUUCCUAACGCGUAUGGUAAACCUACGUACAAAUAAUGAUGAUCGGCCAGUUGUCUACUUGGACGAGACGUGGGUGAACCAAAAUCACACGCGGAAUCAUAUUUGUCAAGACUCUGAUAACUUUGAAGGAUUUAAAAUGCCUACAGGUAAGGGCAGUCGCCUUAUUAUAUGUCAUGCUGGUUCGGGAAAAUUUGGAUUUGUGAAAAAUUCAAAAUUAGUUUUCCGUUGUACAUCAACUGUAUCUGAGGAUUACCAUUCUCAAAUGAAUUCGGAGGUUUUUAAAGAAUGGUUUACACGAAUGCUUCGUAAUUUGGAAGAGCCUUGUGUGAUAGUUAUGGAUAACGCGUCGUACCAUUCGGUCCAAAUAAACAGUUAUCCAAAAAGUAAUGCAAAAAAAAUAGAAUUACAAGAAUGGCUGAAAGAAAAAGAAGUAGAUUUUUCACCCAUGGAAACGAUGUCAGAAUUACGCGAACGAAUCAAACGGUUAAUUUCACAAGAAAAAAAAUACGAGCUCGAUGAGAUUGCAUUGUCAAUGGGUCAUGAGGUUGUACGGUUACCUCUGUAUCAUUGCCAGUAUAAUCCCAUCGAGCUCAUAUGGGCGCAGGUAAAAGGAAAGGUCGCAGAACAAAACACAAGUUUUAAAAUGGCAGAUGUCGAACAGUUGGUUCAUAACGCCUUGGAUUCCAUUACAACUGAUGACUGGAGAAAGUGCGUGUUACAUUGCAAUAAAUUACAGGACGAUGAUUUUAUUAAAGAAGGCUUACGUGAUAAAAUAUUGGAGCCAAUAAUAAUGACGAUUAAUCCUGAUGAUUCAAGUGAGAGUGAAGAUGAGGACAACUACUAA